CUUCCGGGUAUAUCAAAACAAAUACAGUACUCCAGGGGCGUCGGUGCUCGCCUCGGUGGCAUAUAUUAGCGUCACUUGUCACCACCAGACGUCACCCAGUCCUGCUCCGUCAUGUUUAAAUCAUGUUUUGUUUACGCGUAUGGAUUGUCUUCGUGUUUAAUUCUCAUUCUGGGCAUCGCGCUGGCCUUGUCUAAUGUGUUUUCGCAAAUAGUGGAAAGAGUGGUGGAAAAGGAGAUCGUAUUGAAGAACGGCACCGAUGCAUUCGAUGCUUGGGAGGACCCACCGGCGCCGAUCUACAUGCAGUUUUAUUUCUUCAACCUGACCAAUCCCUUGGAAGUGCUGGUCGGAGACAGACCAGCUGUUGAGGAAAUCGGACCGUACACUUACAGAGAGUACCGGCAGAUGGAAGAAGUAAUCUUUCAGGAUAAUGGCACCAAAGUAACAGCAGUCAACACUAAAACUUACAUAUUCCAGCGUGACAUGUCAAGAGGUCCAGAGAGUGAGCUCAUCAGGACUGUUAACAUCCCUGCUGUGACGGUGAUGGAGAAGUUCAAGAACGAGCCUUUUUACGCCAACCUGAUCUCGUCCUACAUGAAGGACAAAGGCGAGGGCCUGUUUACUACACGUACAGUAGGAGAACAUCUAUGGGGAUAUGAAGACGCUCUGCUGAAAGCUAUCCAUGCUUUCAAACCCGACGUGGAUCCUUAUUUUGGACUUUUCUAUAAGAACAAUGCUUCCAAUGAUGGACAAUAUGUGUUCUGGACGGGCCAACAAAACUACAUGGACUUUGGUCGAGUGGAUUCUUGGAACAAUCAAAGCUCACUGAAUUGGUGGACGUCUGACGAGUGCAACAUGAUCAACGGAACCGACGGCGCCUCCUUUCAUCCUGUCAUCACGAAGGACGAAACCCUCUACAUGUUCUCCUCAGACCUGUGCAGGUCUAUAUAUGCUGUGUUCGAAAAGGAUGUAACGGUGAAAGGAAUCCCCGGGUAUCGCUUCGCUCCCCCAAGUGAGGUUUUCGCAAACACAUCCGUAAACCCAUCCAACGCGGGUUUCUGCGUCCCCGCCGGCAACUGCCUCGGUUCAGGCGUUCUUAAUGUAAAGCCCUGCAAAAAAGAAGCGCCAAUCGUAAUGUCCUCGCCGCACUUCUACCAGGGAGAUGAGAAAUUUGUUCAGGCAGUUUUCGGCAUGAAGCCCCGCAAGGAGUAUCACCAGACCUUUGUUGAUCUCAAUCCGCUCACUGGAAUCGUCCUGCAAGCUGCCAAACGUCUCCAGGUCAACGUCUACAUCGAGAAAAUGGACACAUUCAGUCAAACUGGAAACGUGAGCACCGUGAUUUUACCUGUUGUUUAUCUGAAUGAGAGCGUCGUCAUCGAUGAUUCAUCGGUGGCCAAGCUGAACACCGUGGUGGUGGAACAAUACGUGCUGGUAAACAUUCCUUUCAUACUGAUCGGAAUCGGCAUCCUACUGGGCGGAGUCUUCAUGUUGAUGGUGUGUCGACACAAGCUACCUGAGAGCACUGCUGCAGAACGCCAGCCGUUGCUAUCAUCUUAGCUCCACCCACAAGAAGUGACAAGCGUCGCGUCGCCACAUUUUCCCGCUCCCCCGCUAACCCAAGUAUUCAGUGAAUCUGCACCUUUUGACGUCCGAGUAUGUUUGCUUGUGUGUUAUACUCGGUUGCAUCAACCUAGAAGUAAUAAUAAUUUUAACACUUUUUAACUUUAGCCCAAACCCUGCUGAUUUUAUCGUGAAGUGUCAUAAUUGCUAUGCCGCAGAGUGAGUUGAUGCCAUCAAACUGCAGUACAUGUAAAUAAGCCAUUUGAAUGCAUAUUUUAUCGGAGUUGUCAAAUGAACCUAACCUGGUAUAACACAGUAUUGCACACUAACAGUAUAAAGGGAAGCUUUUGUAUAUUCAAUUAUCCUUAAAUUCCAAUACUUGCUGACAAAAUGCUACUACAGGGUUCGUUGAUGCAAUUUUGUUUGCUACGUGACCACUAGAAUCGCGGCAUCCCUUAUGUAUGCUUGAUUGUAUUUGUUGAAGGGAGUUGUAUGAGUUAAGUUACUGUGUCAUGUUACUUCUAUGUAACAAGCAAAAUACUACAAUAACCACUCACCUCUGUCCUGCUUGUCAACUCUUCUAAGCAUUUUGCAGUUUUAGGUGGGAAAGAGAAAUAUGUUUACAGGCGGCUAUCAUGUAUGAUCUCCGUACACGCUCACCGGGUCUGCUAAAACCUCAUUCGCCGUAAGCCGUUUUGAAUAAUAAAGUCAUUGUGCUUCACAUUAUUGUGACAUACACUGAAUCCAA